AUGAGUUCUUCACAACAAGGCGAAGCCUCGACCUCAACUCUGGCCCCACUGGCCGAGGUAUACGAUACCACACGUUUCGGAGAGCUCUACUAUGGUUCACGCGCGCCAGAAAUCAAUGAUCUCUGCCUUGCAGCGAGAUUCAUGAUCCAAAUUUUUGAGUAUUACAGAAUCCCGUUCGCUUUUCUUGGCGGCUGGGCAAUGUAUGUGCGAGGAAGCCCCCGUCGGACCCAAGAUGUCGAUAUUGCCAGAAGAAUUAAAGAGAGAGUAAAUAUUUUAAACAGUUUAACUAACUCAAAUCCCAGGCUGUCAGUGCCAGCAAUCCACGGCCAAACCUCCAUCGAGAUAUUUGUCCACACCGGUGGGCAAUUUGAUACAGGUUAUCGUGCAUACGCUGUCAGCGCAGAUAUUAUCAUUAAUGGCAAUUUAAACACGCCCCGUAACAUCCCUAACGAUACCGAGCUCGUUACCCCACCGGCGCAACAAACACCACUAGGCAACAACCAAAUCCGUGUUAUCAACAUCUUCUUCCAAUUCCGUAGUAAACUUGAUGCAUUCAAUACCCGUCGAGCUACCGGAAACCAAGGAAAUGAUUACCAAGACUUAGAAUGGCUGCUUAAAUACCACGCCAACGAGAUUUAUUAUUGCCGCAAUGCCCUCAACUACGCCCACCGGUCCUUGUUCUUUCAAGAUUUCGCCGAUCAGAAUUCGCAAGAAGAUACCAACUAUGCGAGAACGAUAUUGGGUCUGGAUUAGACUGGCUAGUUAUAUAUUGGCAUACAUGGAUUUCUCAGGUUGUAUUAUUGCACUUGAUUGACUGCUUUCCUAUGUAGCCCGCACUUGUUGUUCACUCCCUUUCACUGAUUCUACACGUAAUCUUCAGUAUGUUUGUUGUCAUUUGACUGGUCUUCCUGGUUUCUUUUCACUUGAUCUCUUUUAGUUCGGACUGUUGUUAGCAGAACUAUCAUGCUCCCUUCUUGUACUUGGAC